UCACUGUCAGUUGUUAGCGGAGGGGAAAAAAGGUGGAAUGGACGCAGAGACGAUCAGCAUCUUUACCAAACGAUGAAGGUUGAGUCAGAUCCAACAGAUUUCGUUUAAAAAUAAGAAAAAGAAGAGCAGCUGUCAUUAUGUAUGGGUUUGUGAAUCACGCCUUGGAGCUCCUCGUCUUAAGGAAUUAUGGCCCGGAAGUGUGGGAAGACAUCAAGAGGGAGGCUCAGCUUGAUAUUGAGGGUCAGUUCCUUGUUAGAAUCAUAUAUGAAGAUGGCAAAACAUACGAUCUUGUUUCUGCUGCAAGCAAAGUUCUCAAGAUUGACGCAGGAGACAUUUUGCAGAUGUUUGGGAAGAUGUUUUUUGAAUUUUGCCAAGAGUCUGGAUAUGACACCAUCUUGAGAGUGUUAGGAUCAAAUGUUCGUGAAUUCCUGCAGAAUUUGGAUGCCCUACAUGACCACCUGGGUACCAUUUAUCCCGGGAUGAGGGCUCCCUCGUUCCGCUGCACCGAUGCAGAGAAGGGGAACAAUCUGAUUCUCCACUACUACUCAGAGAGAGAAGGCCUGCAAGACAUUGUGAUUGGCAUCAUUAAAACUGUCGCUCAACAAAUCCAUGGGACAGAGAUAGAGAUGAAGAUGAUCCAACCAAAAAGCGCAGAGUGCGACCACAUCAAGUUUCUGAUUGAGGAGAAAGACUCGGAGGAAGAGGCGUUCUACGAGGACCUGGAUGGCUUUGAGGAGAAUGGCACACAGGAGACUCGGAUCAGCCCGUACACAUUUUGCAAAUCCUUCCCGUUCCACCUCAUGUUUGACAGAGACCUGAUGCUCACACAGUGUGGGAACGCCAUUUAUCGAAUCCUGCCUCAGCUCCAGCCUGGUACCUGUAUCCUUCCUUCAGUUUUUUCCUUAGUCCGUCCUCACAUUGACUUCAGUUUUCAUGGCAUCCUCUCCCACAUCAACACCGUCUUUGUUCUGCGAAGCAAGGAGGGGCUACUGAACGUAGAGACUAUAGAGAACGAGGACGAGCUGACGGGGGUGGAGAUCAGCUGUCUAAGAUUGAAAGGACAAAUGAUUUACUUGCCAGAGGCGGAGAACAUCCUUUUUCUUUGCUCACCAAGUGUUAUGAACCUGGAUGAUCUCACACGAAGGGGGCUUUACCUGAGCGACAUCCCGUUACAUGACGCCACACGUGACUUGGUGCUGCUAGGCGAGCAGUUUCGAGAGGAGUACAAGCUGACCCAGGAGCUGGAAAUCUUGACAGAUCGUCUGCAGCACACACUCAGGGCCCUGGAGGAUGAGAAGAAAAAGACAGACAGAUUGCUCUAUUCCGUUCUGCCGCCCUCUGUUGCCAACGAGCUGCGACACAAACGUCCAGUCCCAGCAAAACGCUACGACAACGUGACCAUCCUCUUUAGUGGCAUUGUAGGAUUUAAUGCCUUCUGCAGCAAGCACGCCUCAGCUGAGGGAGCCAUCAAGAUAGUCAACCUGCUCAAUGAUGUUUACACACGUUUUGACAUCUUGACAGACUCUCGGAACAAUCCUUAUGUAUACAAGGUGGAAACAGUGGGUGAUAAGUACAUGACAGUGAGCGGCCUACCAGAGCCGUGCACACACCACGCCAAGUCCAUCUGCCACCUAGCUCUUGAUAUGCUGGAGAUUGCUGGACAAGUCAAAGUGGAUGACCAACCAGUGCAGAUUACUAUUGGAAUCCACACAGGAGAAGUGGUGACUGGAGUGAUUGGCCAGAGGAUGCCUAGAUAUUGCCUUUUUGGGAAUACGGUCAACCUCACAAGUCGUACAGAAACUACUGGUGAAAAGGGGAAAAUAAAUGUCUCUGAAUACACUUACCGGUGUUUGCAGUCUGCUGAGAAUGCUGACCCUCAGUUUAAUUUGGAGUAUCGGGGCCCCAUCACCAUGAAAGGAAAGAAGGAACCAAUGAAGGUGUGGUUUCUGUCCAGGAAGCCCACCAACACAGAUUCCACCACAGAUAGUUAAGGCUUAACAAUUCAGAUUCAACACUAAAACGUCACACGUGUCAUCCAACAGAAGCUUCAGUAUGGUACCGUACAGUCAAAUUGUCUUUAUAAAUUGUGUACAUUUUGAGGCAGGGAUGAGUUGGGUCAGUUUA